CUUUUUUCUUUUUCCAUUUUAGUUUGUCUUGUUAUUCAGAGUGGGGGAGGAAGAGGAGAGGGGAUUCAUAGUGAGAAGAGAGAGAGGGUUUAGCUUGAAGAUCUUGUCAGAUCGAGCAACAACUGCUACCCAAUCUUCCACAUUAUCUCCUUUCAUUUUUCAGGUGUCUAAUUUUUCUUCUUUUUCCUCCUCAAAUCUCUGUGUUUCGAUCUUUACUUUGCUUUUUCAGCUCUUUGUAAUGGAAUGGAUGCCUCCUCUCAAUUUCAUUUCCUCUUCUUCUUUCCUCUUCAUUUUCAGCUUUCACCCUCUCUGCUUGUUGUUUCCCUCUGUUUUCUUGCUGGGUUUUCGCUCUACCUCUCUAUUUUACUUCUAAUUUUGGUCUCUCUUGGAAUUUUUGCUCUAAUGUGGCUGAAAUUCUUGUACUACUUCAUUUUUGGAUCUAUGUUCGUGGAUCAUGGGGAGGGAGCCAAGUGCUGUAGCAGUCGUACAAAAGCCAAAUGGUGUUGCUCAUGACAUGGUACAUGUUGCGCCGAGAGUUGCUCACCAUGACAUAGUUCAUGUAGCACCGAGAGUUCCUGGUAGAAACAUGGAGGCCAAGGACUAUGAAGUAAAGGAAUGUACUGAAGAAAACUUGAUCAUUGAAAAAUAUGAUGAGAAGGUAGAGGUUUUAAGUAUCAAAAGCACUAAUGUUGAUGGUGAGGAGAAAUAUGAGAAGUCUCGAGUUGAAAAGUUUGGUGAGUACAAGAAGUCGAGCCCUCUUGGAUCAAAAUCUCCAGGAAAUAUGAAGGGGCAAUACACUGUUCCUCAGCCGUUUACAUUGGAAACUGAAAAGCGUGGUCCGUGCGCACAUAAUAUUGGAAACGAUGCAACUAGCACCACUGGUGUCAACAUUUCACCGAAUCUGCAAUCUCCUAGUGCUAAGAAGAACUCUCAGCCAAAUUCACCUCCUUCGUUAAGGAAGCACGUGCAGCUGGAUAAAAAAUACCACGAUGAAGAAGAUAAUUGGUCCAUCACUUCCUCUGUUGCUACUUCUGUGAAAUCUAAGGUAACCGUCGGUGUUGCUCCAACUUUUCGAUCAGCUAGUCGUGCCGAGAGAAGGAAGGAGUUUUACCAAAAGUUGGAAGAGAAACACCAAGCUUUGCAGGCAGAGAAAAGCCAAUAUGAAGCCAGAACAAAGGAAGAGCAAGAAGCAGCCAUCAAGCAACUGAGGAAGAGCUUAAUCAUCAAAGCAAACCCUGUGCCUACUUUCUACUAUGAGGGACCCCCACCCAAAGUUGAACUCAAAAAGCUGCCACUGACACGACCCAAGUCACCGAAUUUUACCAGAAGAAGGAGCUGCGGCGAUGCAGUUAACUCAAAUAUAGAGAAGGGAAAAGAAUGUGGUCGAGUGAAACGACACAGCCUUGGAAGUAUCAGAACAGACCCGACUAAUGUUAUGACAACUGCAAAAACAAAGGGGCUAAUCAGCGGUCGGAAUAGCGGUAGCAGGGUGAAAGAGAAUAAGGAGACAACAAAAACAAGUGGUGCUAAGAUUCCUGAGCAGAGAAGCAAUUUGAAUAUAGCAGUUCAGUCAUGAAGUUAGGAGUUUUAUCUGACUUGAGAAAAAAGGGUUCUUCAUCUUGUAUUUGUUAUUGUUGCCAAAUGGAUAUUUCUAAAAGGAGUUGUCCUUUUUGUUUUCAGUUUUAACUGGAUUUUGGUAAUAUGAAAUUUGUAAAUGUUUUGUAGUUAUGAUUUGUACUGACAAAUAGCUUACUAGUUGUGUUUA